AUGAUUGCAAUUUGGUCAUUUGUUAUCCUACUUGUACCAGUUUUUGCACCGUUACCAGUGACAGCGCAGCGGAGAGUCCUAGAUAUUUCAAGGCCAAUAAAUCCCGAAGAAGUGAUUGUUUCCGAGUAUAAUGAAGAAGGUUUGACUUACAGACUCUUUCUUCCUCGCGUGCAUAUACUCAUUGGUAAGGUAAUAGAUAGGGAUAGACUCAUUUGGUUGGCUCCUUCCAGGUUUGAAAAUUGCUCCAGCUUCCGAGUUGUUAGAGAUGGCAACAAUAUUGUUUUUGCCCUUCUUAGAAGUAAGCUUGGGUACGAGACUAAAAACUACUACUUCAUGUAUGUCGAGGCACCACCAAGUGAUCGAGCGGAGAGAUCAUUUCUAGCUUCACUAGUAUCACCAUGGAGACUAAUUCCAGAAUCUGAAUACAGAGAAAGACUGGCAACGAUGGUAAACCGGAAAUUUGACCUUUCUGCUCACUAUGAUUACCGCUUCUUCAACAUUCAAAAUUACCAAGAACUCGGGAUUCCUUCCUACAUUUACACGCCUCGCGAAGAGUACCUGGUCAAAAGGGUGAUGGACGGUGACGAUAUCAUCUGGCAGUCGACUAGGCCAGAGGAAAGAUGCUCACUUAUUCUACUCCAUGGAGGUGAACUCCAUAGCGACUAUAUAAGACGUCAGAACCGGGAAAACAAGAGGGUACUACGACUGUAUAUACACCAUCAUGGCGGUAAAGAUUCGCUUUACUUUGAAAAAACAGGUACUGGAUGGGUUCCAAUUACCAGAGAGGCCUUCUAUGAGGAGAUGGAGCAUGGCGCUGAAGACCAAGUUACAAAGCUUUAA